AUGCUGAACUCAAGCAAUGAAGUCGACCAGCAAUGCCAAUUGAACUUCACGAUACAUUUAGCUUCGAGACGUACUGUCAUUGGACCCAGAGGAAGAACAAUUAAGGCCAUUUCCAAACAAAACAACGUGAGCAUCAAGGUUAUAAGGAAGUUGAGACGCUGGCCACGCAAGCACGAAGACAGUGCUUCAAUUACGUCAUACCAUAAGUUCGCUUAUUUUGGCUUACCAACAAACUACGGAGCUUAUUGCAUCGAUGUGGAUGUCAUAAUCAAAGGAACGAGAAGUGGUUGCGAAGAGGCAAAGGAGCAAGUGCUCAGACUCGCAGAGGAGGGGGCUUCCAAUGUUUACGUUGCAGAAUUAGAAUUAGAAGAAGACAGAGCAAAGUUCAUGAUUGGGAAGACAAAUCUGCUUCAGGCAAAAUAUCCCAAUCUUCUGAUUCAAGACCAUGUAAGCCUGGAUGGAAUAUUAUGCCUGGAUGGAAAAUGUGUCUAUAUAAAAGGCACCAAGCUGAAAGUGCUAGAAGCCGCAGAAGAGUUAAAACGGAUCCAGGCCAGAAUUGUGGAAGAAACAACCGUGUUGGAGGUUAAGACUCCUAAGGACACUCUGUAUAUGAUAUGUUUAGACGCAAACUUAUCGCCUUAUUAUGGAGAAAUUUCUGUGAGGACAAACGAGCACGAUAUCACCAUUUGCGGGAUUUUGGAGAAAGCUAAAGAGGUUGAAGCGGCACUCUCAGAAGCUGCUUCAAGAUAUACCACUGAGGUUAUCAAAGUCCCCGAAUUCAUUCCCGGAAACGCAUCUCAUACCAGACCAAUACUAAAUCUCCUUUGGAGUCAAGUGUUGAAACCGAAAUAUUGGGGCAAAGUGGCAGUGGCUUUUGACGAGCCGUACCUUGAAAUCAGAGGCAAGAAGGAAAUCGUGGAAACUUUCAAGCAGCUUGCGAUGUCGACGUUUGAGAAAACCACACCGCAGAUUGUGACAAUUGUACCAGGAGAUUACCGUAGAAUCCGGCGUUACGACAAAACAUACAAGCUUGGCGACCUUGCCGAAGCGAAUGACAUUUUAUACCGUUUUGAUCGAGAGAACGCCUACCUUAUAGAUGCAUCUAUUGCAACGGGUGAAAAGAAGGAAGGAUUUGAGUCUCGUCUGGAUGCAUUUAGGAGCCACAUAGUUGGGUGGACGGAGUUUCUCGAGUCCAUGGAAACCGUAACCGUGAAUGUUGGUCAACUUCAGCAGUAUAUGUUUGGUAUGUUAGGAGGCCCUAAUAAAUCGUCCAUUUUUCUUGAUCACUUGAAGGGACGCCCUGGUGAACUUUCACUUGUUGGAUGGCAUAAAAUUAGGCUCGAAGGCCCACCUGAUGCUGUUCAAGGCGCCAAGGAAGAAAUGGAAAAAAUGGUGGAGGAUGUUGAAAAUGGUACGUUUCGAGCUCACGAGCGCACGGUUAUGGUACCUUCAAAACUUCUUACAGCUCUCAUUGGAAAGAAUCGAGAAAUCUGGCGAGGAACGAGGAUUGGAACCCGUGUACACUUAAGGAUAAUAGAUCAGGGGAAAGGGACAAGAUCUCAGGAAUUAGUGGACGAAGAUUCCGAAACUCCCAUUGUGAUCAGUGGAAUCAAGUACGACGUGAACAAUGCUGUGAGUCGGAUUCUCGGCAGUGUCGAGGAACUCAGUGAUAGGAAAGUUGUCAGGAUAAAAAUUGGUGCCACUUAUCAUAGAAGAAUAGUCGGCAGAAACUAUUCCCACAGAAACAAGAUUGAAAAAGAGUGCAGAGUGGACAUACGAUUUCCAAGAAACGAUCUAAGGUACCCCUGUCCGAAGCACGAGGACGAGAUAGUUGUUCAUGGAAAAACGGCUGAUGUGGUUGAAGCCGAGAAACGUAUUCUCGGGAUUUAUCAAUCUGAGAAGAACGGUGCCAAAGAAAAGACAAUUGAUGUUCCUCUUUCGGCAUUGAAAAAAGUUCGCCAGCUCCUAGGAGACCGUUUAUGGGACAGAAGCGACAAAUUGAACUAUAUAGGCGUCCAGUUGCUUGACGAAUUCCCAUGUGCUGGUGUGGAUUAUAGUAUCAUGGAGGACGAAGAAAGCGCCAGAGUUACCGUAUAUGGCACGGAAAAGGCUCUCGCCGGGAUACCCAAAGACUUUGAAGAGCCCCGGAAUACGAACUUCACCGCCACAGUUCCUGCUCCAAAGGAAUUUCUUGAUUACUGUGAAAGUAAUGUGUGGGACACCAUUCUACUGGAUGCUGGAGUGGAUGACCUUUCUGAUGAGCAGAAAUCGAACUUGAUUCAAGCGUCUGAGAUAGAAUGUGAAGUGAAGUGCACUGGUGAUGAGAGACUUGUGGAGAUAAUUGUUGAAAUGAUACGGGAACGUCUAGCUGAGUGGGAAGAGCAUGGUGGCCACUGGCUGCUGGAUUAUUGA